AUGGAGACAUUACUACAGGCUCAGACCGAGAGGAAUGACGCCUUGGAGCAACGCAUGCUACACCUCGAGAUUGUGCUCACCUCCAUAGGAGUAUCACAUGUGAGCCCUGGUGUUCAGCAGUCUCCACCUGCAAACGGAGGUAGUACAUCGUCUGGUGGCGUGGAUGGAAAGGUGAAAAAUGGGCGAGAGGCUUGCACACUUGAUGGAACUGUUGAUUGGCAUGGCCGCCCUGCAGUCCGACAGAGAACUGGUUCUUGGGUCGCUGCAAUUUUGAUCCUUGUGAAUCAAGGGCUAGCUACGUUGGCAUUCUUCGGAAUAGAAGUGAACUUGGUGUUGUUUUUGACGAGGGUGUUGGGUCAAGAUAACGCCGAGGCAGCUAACAACGUUAGCAAAUGGACAGGAACUGCUUACCUUUUCUCCCUCGUCGGUGCCUUCCUUAGCGAGUCUUACUUGGGAAGAUACAAGACUUGUGCCAUCUUCCAAGCAAUCUUUGUCCUUGGCCUAGUAUCACUCUCCAUAUUGUCAUCCAUAUUCUUAAUCAAGCCUAGUGGGUGUGGAAGUGAUCAUGUUCAUUGUGGAUCCCAUCCAGGCUUUCAUCUAGCACUGUUCUACCUCUCAAUAUACCUUGUUGCCUUGGGAAACGGAGGCUACGAACCAAACAUAGCUACAUUUGGAGCAGAUCAGUUUGAUGAAGAGGAUUCUAGCGAAGUACCCUCUAAAAUAGCAUUCUUCAGCUACUUUUACUUGGCUUUGAACCUGGGAUGCCUCUUUUCAAACACUAUUUUGGGCUAUUUUGAGGAUGGAGGGAACUGGGCACUAGGGUUUUGGGCAUCAGCUAUCUCUGCUGCUCUGGCAUUGGUCUUGUUUCUUUGUGGCACCAAAAGGUACAGGCAUUUCAAACCUCAAGGCAAUCCCCUCUCUAGAUUUUGCCAAGUGCUGGUCGCUGCUUCAAGAAAAUGGAAGGCUGAGAUGACCCCAAGAGGAGAAGAUUUGUUUGAGUUUCAAGAAAAGGAUUAUGCCAAGAAUGGGGACAGAAAGAUACUCCACACUCAAGGCUUCAAAUUCUUGGAUAGAGCAGCAGCUAUCACUUCGGAGGACUUCCACCAGAUGGACAGGGAGACUUACAAUCCAUGGCAUCUUUGCACCGUGACACAAGUUGAAGAAGUCAAAUGCGUUUUAAGGCUCCUCCCAAUCUGGCUAUGCACGAUUAUGUACUCAGUAGUUUUCACUCAAAUGGCGUCUCUCUUUGUGGAACAAGGUGCUGCCAUGAAGACCACCAUUGCCAAGUUCCACAUUCCCCCAGCAAGCAUGUCUAGCUUUGACAUUCUCAGUGUCACAGCUUUCAUUUUCAUUUACAGACGGGUUCUCGACCCUCUUCUUGCCAGGUGGAAGAAGAGUGGUAAAGGAUUCACCGAGCUUGAGAGGAUGGGAGUUGGCCUUGUUAUAGCAAUAUUGGCAAUGAUUGCAGCUGGGCUUGUAGAGUCUUUCAGGUUAGACCAUGCAACAACGAAGUGCCCCAACUGUGAAGGUUCGAGCUCUUUGAGCAUCUUUUGGCAAAUUCCACAGUACGUACUUAUUGGAGCAUCUGAGGUUUUCGUGUACGUUGCUCAGCUAGAAUUCUUCAAUGGGCAGGCUCCCGACGGGUUAAAGAGCUUCGGAAGUGCCCUUUACAUGCUAUCCAUAUCGCUGGGAAACUAUGUGAGCAGUUUGCUGGUGACAAUUGUCAUGAAAAUCUCUGCCAGAGAUGGUUCGCCGGGUUGGAUUCCCAGCGACCUUAACAAAGGUCAUCUAGACAGAUUCUUCUUCCUCUUGGCAGCUUUGACAGCAGCUAAUCUCAUGGUCUACAUCAUAUGUGCCAAGUGGUAUAAGUAUAUCAAGUUUGAAGGAAAGAGUGGAGACAACAAUGUCGGCAACGACCACAUUUGA